CAGAAGGAACGAGCAGAGCACUGGCCAUUAUGUGUUCUCUGAGCCUUUCCCUUGUGUUCAUUUGUGUGUGGAGUAUUUGGACUUCAGCAUAUGCUACAGUCUGUGGAGAGAAUCAGCGAAAAGUGGGUGGUCGAUGCUGUGACCUGUGCCCCCCAGGGGAAUAUGUGAAGGAGCUCUGCUCAGACCACCAGCAGACUGUCUGCAGCCCCUGUGCAGAGGGCUUCUACUCAGAUCAAUAUAACAUCUUUGACGCAUGUGAGGAGUGUCAGUCAUGCCAAGAAAAUGCUCAGAAAUGUACACCAACCACAAAUGCAAAAUGUUUCUGCCGCCCGGGCUUCCUGUGCUCCAACAGCGUCUGCUCAACAUGUGAGGAAAACAAAUGCGUCAUGGGGGAGAAAGUGAACAAGACAGACAAACCAAUGGGUAAACGGUUGAUAGAGUAUUCAUAUCGGUGUGAGCCGAUAUGCUCUGAUACUGAAUAUUUUGAUGUGAAGGAGAAGACCUGCAAGCCCCGGGCAAAGUGCAGUUUGUUUGGACUUUCUGAGCAUUCUCCAGGGAACAUAACCCAUAACUCAGUUUGUGAUGGAGGUGUUUUGCCAGAGAGGCCUGGAUUUGGUGGAGACAUCAUUCAUGUGAUCCUUGGCAUUGGUUUUGUUUUGAUUUCUCUCACACUACUUGGGGUUCUGUCUUAUGCCAGUAUAAAGAAGCUGAGAAAGCACAAACCAGAUGAGAAACCUGUCUCCACCACUGUCAGUGACUUCCACCUGUCAAAGGAGGAGAGCGGGCUCCAGCUCAUCAUCCAGGUUGAACCCAAUAAUGAAGACAGUUGGUGCGACUCUUUUGUGGAGGGUUCAGGUCCCGGCUCUUGAGGUCCAUGUAGGCCUAUCCUGGCUCAGUCAAGCAUCCUUCUUCCCCCGUGAAGGGGGAAAAAAAGAAGAAAAUCAAGAACACUGAGUCAAAACAUACCUUGACAAUAAAAAGAAAAGGUUUUAAAGAUGAGAGGUGAAAUGUCUACCUCAACCAAGUCCUGAUGCUUUUUGGAUUUAACUUUUAAUGACUAUGACUGACAACCUUCACAGGCAUAUACUGCAUCAUCUCAUGUAGGCCACUUCACUGAAGUGGAAGCAAACAUGGUAGCCUAAACAUUGUUGUCUACUUCCUUGCAGUUAUAUAAACCCAACCAAUCAAAUUGCACAACAGGCAGCAGAUCAUUGGUCAUGAUCACUGGCAUUAAUCCUUACAUAUUUACACUGAGGAAAAAUGAUCGUUGUUUAGUUUUUAUAUAUCAUUACAUAAGCUUUUUCCACACAAAACUGCACUGAGGUAGCAACUGUGCUGUCAUUAAAAACCUGAAAGCAGGGGUUCUCAAUCUAAAUGUAUUAUGUUGUGCAUUUAAUGUUAAUAAAAAUGAAUUUAAAUUGG